GUGUCAAAGAGAAACCAUCCAUAGGCUAGGGGGAACCACACUCUAUCACUCACCUGCAUUUCUUACAACCAACGACACAACCAACAAUGGUCUUUACCACACUUCCCCCGCGGGGGAUCCUCGGCCACGGCCCGAAGAUAAUAACCAGCAAUCUGGUCUCGGCACGAUCGGUUGGUUCUGUUCCGCGGCUCCAAGCCCAGCUUGCCGACCUCACUCCCACCCUUGACAACAACACCCGCAGUCUCCCACCCGCGUCCUUCAACUCAAUACCCGUCCGCGGGGCACCCCCACCGGUGCGGCCGGUUGUGUCUGCGUACCCGCAAAAUCGCGAAGAGUUCUGGCGCAAGGUGCCGGUGUGGGGGAAUGUAUCGACCAAGGAAUUCCUCUCGUACAGCUGGAGUACGAAGAAUAUGGUCGAAACAAAACCGCAGCUCUUCAAGUUCUUGGAGGCCACUCUCCCCGAGGAAGUGCCGUACGACAAGUCCGGCACACGGAUGCAGAGUCGCGACGAGUUCAUCAAGGAUGUCUUUGAGGGGAUCACGGCCGCCACCAUGGCGGUCCGGAUGACCCCGUACAUCCUGAGCCGGAUCAACUGGAACGACCCGCGGCACGACCCCAUCGCCCGGCAGUUCAUCCCCCUGAAGUCGCGCAUGAUCGCAGACCACCCAAAACUGACCCUCGACUCCCUCCACGAGGAGGCCGACUCGCCCGUCAAAGGCCUCGUCCACCGGUAUCCGGACAAAGCCCUCUUCCUCCCAACAUCCGUCUGCCCGACCUACUGCACCUACUGCACGCGCUCCUACGCCGUCGGCGCCGACACGGCCACCGUCUCCAAAGCCUCGCUCAAACCGGGCCGCCGCCGCUGGGAGGAAGCGCUGGCCUACAUCGCCAGCCAGCCGCAGCUGCGGGACAUCGUGGUCUCGGGCGGCGACGCCUACUACCUGCAGGCCGAGCAACUCGCACACCUCGGCGAGCGGCUGACGGCGAUCCCCCACAUCCGGCGCUUCCGGUUCGCGUCCAAGGGCCUGGCGGUGGCGCCCGGCCGCGUGCUGGACCGCGCGGACCCGUGGACGGACGCGCUGGUGCGGGUGUCGGACGGCGCGCGCCGGGUGGGCAAGGCGGUGGCGUGGCACACGCACUUUAAUCACCCGAACGAGAUCUCGUGGGUUACCGAGGCGGCGGCGCAGCGGUUGUUUGAGGAGGGGGUGACGGUGAGGAACCAGUCGGUGCUGUUGAGGGGGGUGAAUGAUGACGUGGAGACGAUGGGGGCGUUGGUGAGGGGGCUGGCGGAUAAUAACAUCUUUCCGUACUACGUCUACCAGUGCGACAUGGUCAAGAGCGUCGAGCAUCUGCGCACGCCGCUGCGGACUAUCCUUGACCUGGAAGCCAAGCUCCGCGGGUCGAUUGCGGGCUUUAUGAUGCCGUCGUUUGUGGUCGACCUGCCGGGGGGCGGUGGGAAGCGGCUGGCGUGCUCUUAUGAGUCGUAUGACCGCGCCACGGGUGUUUCGACGUACACGGCUCCCGCUGUCACGGGGCGUGACAAGGAGAACAAGGUGUAUGAGUACUACGACCCAGUUGACUCUCUGCCUGGGAAUACGGCAUCAUGAGGCUAUGGGGUCACCGUCAAGGGCUUUGUGUCGGGGAGAGUGGAUGCAUGGGGCUGGGCCAGGUUGAUAGGACGGCCGGUGGUUUGGUAGGCGGCAUACUUGGGGGUUUCUUAUGUUUCAUCCGAUCGGAGUUCUGGCAUGCUGUUAACAUGGUGAAAUAACGACGGCGAG